AUGGGGGCUCAAAUUGAUUUGCCACAAGGUUUUGGGCUCUACUGUUUUUGUAUUCAUGGACAAAUCUAUAAUCGGAUUGGUCCACUUCAUCCUGCUCCUGGUCACAGAGCUCAAUUUGGACAAAUUUACAUUUUGGACUCAUCCUUGACAUUAAAAGAACGGAUGGGAAAUGCUGCUAAUGAAAAUUGCAAUGAAACGACAAUGAGCAAACUCAGCGAUGUGAUAAAGAGCGUUAGUUCAUUUGCUGCUGCAUUCAAGAUGAUGCAUGAAGUCGAACGAGAAGAAAUUGAUCGAACCAAGAGAGAGAAACGAGCAUCACCUCUAAUUCGAAUGAUUUUUGACAUUAACCAUGGAAUUCAUGAUCGGCGACUCUACAAUCUUCCAACCGCGAAUGAAGGCGCUGCAGUUUUCGUUGGUGAAGGUAGCGAAGUUCCAACAUUUCGACAUAUUGCUAUUCAUCCACAUGGUCAAAAUCUUCAAACUAUUUCAAUCUUACAUCCUCAUUGUGAUCCAAUGACUUAUCCUCAUUUAUUUCCUCGUGGAGAUAAAGGAUGGUAUUCAGAAUUGGAAAAAAUUGAUCAAUCACGAAAUCGAAAACGAGUAUCAAUGCUUCAAUUUUAUAGUUAUCGAGUGGCUAUUCGUGCAACGUUCAGUGCCAUCCACUGUGGAGGGAAAUUAUUCAAGCAAUAUAUUGUCGAUGCGUACAUCAAAACCGAACAAAAUCGACUGCCAUUCUAUCGACAAAAUCAAAAGGUUCCUCGAGUAGAAUUAUAUCAAGGUCUAAUGGAUCAUUUGGCAAAUGAAGCUCACAUUGAAGGUUUGAGACCUGGGCGUGUUAUAAUACUUCCAUCAAGUUUCCAAGGAAAUCCUAGAGCAAUGCAACAGAAUUAUCAAGAUGCAAUGGCAAUCGUUCGAAAAUAUAGAAAACCCGACUUAUUCAUCACAUUUACCUGUAAUCCAACAUGGAGAGAAAUUCAAGAACAGCUUUUUCCUGGUCAAACUCCUUCCGAUAGACCCUAUCUAAUUACCAGAGUCUUUAAGCUUAAACUCAAUGAACUUAUUGAUGAUAUCUUCAAGAAACAUAUAUUAGGACGAACGAUAGCCAAUGUCUUCGUAAUCGAAUUUCAAAAGCGUGGCUUACCACAUUGCCACAUGCUUAUUAUUUUGAACAGUGAAGACAAAAUAAAAGGUGAUAAUCAUAUAGAUCGAAUUGUAUGCAGUGAAAUGCCGGAUGCUGCUCGAUUCCCACAAUUACAUGAAUGCGGACAUGAUUGUGCUAACAUCAAAUUACAACGACCAAUUCAAGAAUGUGCUGCUGCUCAAGGAGGUCUGGAAUGGGAUGAAAUUAAAGCACAUAUCGAUGCAAGAUACGUAAAAGCUGCAUGGAGAGUUUUUGAAUUUCCAUUACAUGAUAAGUCUCAUGCUAUUAUCCGAUUAGCUGCCCAUCUUCCAAUUGGUAUGUAUCAAAAUGAGCGAAAGAAAAAAGAGCGAACGAUAAAAGAGUGA